AUGUCUCAGCUCUCGAUCAUCUUCGGCAUGCCAAUCAUGCUUGUACUUGCUACCGAGCUCACAAAUGGCGGCGAUACUUCUCAUGACCUCGAUGAAGUACGACGAUGCCUUUCUCUGAUGCCCCCGAGUCUGGGAAAUAGGGUAGCAAAACUCCUCCUGAUCUACAUGGGCAAUCAUUACCAAUCCGUCGAUGAAGAUUUUGGCACGAUUCCUGAACGAUUCCACUCUAUCAAGGGACACGUCGUUGUCCUCCGCAAGGAUUUGAAGCCUUUGGAACCAGAUUACCUGGAAGCCUUCUGCGAUUGGAUCGAGGAUGAUCUAUUGCCGAAGUUCACCGAUGCUAAUCAACUGAUCAAGCAUGCUUUGGACAAUGAGGCCGAUGAUGAGAAUCGGAGUAGGAUGAUUAUCACGAUAAAACAGAACAUGUAG